AAUCGUGCCGAGAAGCGAAAGAAGACCGGACCAAUUAAGAUUACUGUAAUGAUAAGCAACUUACGUCUUUGUUCUCUUGUGCUUCGGCGGUUUUGAACGUUUUAUUGAUCCAAUCUUUAACGUCGAAGGUAUCCUCGGAAAACGCGGACACGUCCUGAAAGUAUCAUUUUGAGGUUAGAAACGAUUCGGUCAUUCUUCCUCGAGAAAUCUCUUAAAGCUACAAGAAAAAUCGCGCGAAAUCGUUCGCGAGAUCGCGAGAUCUACUAAUACGAUGCUUCCUCGCGUGCGAUUAUCUCGUUCGGAGUAGAUCCGGUUAAAAAAAAAAUAAAGCUGAGAUCGACGAUGACGUUACACGGUGCUUACCAUAUCGAAAUUCUGUGUGUCAGACUAAUCGGACGGUUCAGGAAAAAUGCAAGUCGAAUCCGCGGAGGAUUCACGGUGAUUUACGGCGGUCGGGUAACGAUCGGUUCUCGGAAAUCCCGUCUGGCCGUUCUUUUUUUGCUACUUUUUCUUUAGCGGCGCAUAGCGCAGAAGUGCUUCGCCGUUUGACCACUUUGCUGCACAAUUCCGGAGUUGCCCCGCGACUCGAGCUUCGCACCCGGAAGGACGCACGCUCUUAUCGUUCACCGGACUCGGAAGGCUCGGGAAACCGUUCGGAAAAUCCUCGUCCUCGUCGCAUCGUGUCUUCUCUCGCAACCGUUCAUCAUCAUCCCCCGGGGAUCAUGGGAAGAUCGCGUGGUACUUUGGUGGUGCGCGUCGCGUUCGACGUUUCGUGAACCGGCGCCGGGUGGUGAUUAAUGGAAAAUGAGUCUCGCGCGGCGGUGGCCAGGGCGCCGUGAACGAGAGGACCCGUGCCUGCGCCUGUUCAACCCCUUUGUCACGGUCAUCGGCUGUUCUUUCUCGUGACACGAUCCACGGCUCUGGAUUCCAGCGAACUGCCUAUCAGGAGUGCGGAUCACGCUUGUGCCGAGCACCACGCUGCCGCUGUCGCAGCCGCAGCCGCAACCGCAACCAACGCCGACAACGCCAACGCCGACGCCGCAGUCGCCGCCGCAGCCGCAGCCGCGUGACUAAAAAGUGAUUCACGUCCGGGGACCUGGGAGGUCGCGUUGAUUCAUCGUCUUCGCGGGAAGAGCGAGAGGCGGGGAGAGAGAGAGAGAGAGAGAGACAGAGAGAGAAAGAGAGAGCACACAGGUCGUCGCAAACAACACGUGUUGACAAGGUCAGGCGUAGUCGCGUAACCGAUCCCGAUGGUGGUAUACACGGUCCCAGCGACGUCCGCUUGAGAAGCAUCGACGAGAAUCGAGAGAAGAGCGGCCCCAGGUCGGUUUGACUUCGAGAACGAGACCGGCGACUGACUUCCCAUCGGCUGACACCUGGUGACAGGGUUCGAAGACGGGAUUAAGGUGAAGCACGGCAACGUGUUCAGCUAGCGACCGUGUGCCAGGUUCGCGCAUACUUCAGCAACGAGGCAAUUCAGUAGCGACACCUCCCGUGAUGUCAUCGUCCAACAUGUUCCCCCAACAGUAUUGUCUACGAUGGAAGUACCAUCACAGCAACCUACAGACCAUGUUCUCACAGCUGCUCGAGCGGCAGGUGUUCUGCGACGUCACCCUUGCCUGCGAGGGCAAGACUCUCAGAGCGCACAAGGUGGUUCUGUCGGCGUGCAGCACGUUCUUCGACACAAUCCUGUCGCAGUUCGACGGAAGGGACCCGAUCGUCAUAAUGCGCGACGUGAAGUUCGCGGAUAUCAAAAUUCUGGUCGAGUUCAUGUACAAAGGAGAGAUCAACAUCGAUCACUCGAGAUUGUCGUCCCUGCUGAAAACCGCGGAGGACCUGCACAUCAAGGGCCUCGCCGAGGUGAGCUGGCGCAGCGACUCCACACAGAAUGACCUGAGCAACAGCGGUCACAGUCCCGGCGCGGCGACCCCCGGCGUCGAGACGGUCCUCAAGGAAGGGGACGCCGAUGAACUGCCACCCCCCAAACAGAAACGCAGGGGGCGUCCGCCUCUAGACGAUCCACCCUCGAUUCACGACGUCUUCACACCGAAAAUCACCUGCAUCACCGGAAAUGAGGAAAUGAUGAGCGAGGGCGGCGACCACGAGAGCUGGGACGACGAGAUGAUGAUGAACGAGACGAACGAAACGCAACUGCCGAUGCUAUCGUACAUGCCCAAGGACGACAGCGCAUCCGAUCAAGAGAAGAAAGCACCCAACACACCCUCGAAUUCCAACGCUACGAACCCAUCGAUUCCCGAGCAAUUCCGAGACGUCGUGAAGAUGAACGAUUACCUGACGACGGGACGCCGCCAAGAGUUCUGGGAGGAGCCGUUCACGCGACGCGUUAUGGACGCCAUUAAGAGCAAAGAAUUGGAAAUGAAGACUGCCGCCGAGCUACUCGGCGUCUCCUACGGCACCCUCUACGGCAGAUAUCGCGACAGUUAUGGUUGCCUUAAACAUCCGUAUAGAGUAAGGGACUUCUGGUCCGAGCCGGGCCCGGCGGAAGUGCUGGCCAAGCUGCGGAGGAAGGAGAUCACGUUGUUUCGCGCGGCGGAAGUCCUGAACGUGACCGUCCACACGCUGGCCACCUAUCUGUCGACGCUCCAGGGCCCGGACAGGAUCUCGCUGGCCGGCGACCUGAGCGUAGCGUCGGGCGCGUUCGACGGGAACAACGAGAUGCAGGAGAACAACGACUCGGUGAACGACAUACUGCAGAAGAUCAACGCGAACGCGGCGACAACGGCGACGCCGACCACAUCCACCCCGAUCAAGCGGGAGGGCGGCGGUUACAUCGAGGUGCCGACGGCGGUGUCGAAGGCGGCGACUUCGGUCCUCGAGAACAACCCGGACAUCACGAUCGUCAAGACGGAGAACAUGCCGCGGAAGCGGGAGUACGCGAAGGUGCCGAGCACGGAGAACAACAACGCGAAGCUGAUGAGCGGCGGCGCGGUCAGCGAGCUGACGCAGCAGCAGCAGCAGCAGCCGCCGCAACAGCAGAAGAUCACCGACCCGCUGUCGUUAAACAACGACAACAACAAACCCUAACUAUUCAGGCCUUAUCUGCAACCGGCGGAUCUCCAUGCACCGAGCGCUAGCUACAACAGGUUCGACCUGUGCCCGCGCAGAUUCUCGUCGAACAUGUUUACUCGCUUUUUCACGAAUUUUCAUUUCAAGUAGAAGACGACGAAGAGGAUAGACCAGCAUCGGGUGGAGGAUGGAAAGGUGGAGGAGGUGUGGAGGAGGAGGGAAGAACCGCGAGGAGCCGUUUCGUCUCUCGCGCGUCCAACACGUCGUCGCCGAUCUACUUUAGACCUUCUUACCCUCCUCCCCGUUCGUCGACGAUCCGCCAGCGGAGAGAGAGUAGCUUUUAGACAAUCUCGCGUGUACGAACGCCGCCGUCGUCGUCGUCGUCGUCGUCGUCGUCGUCGUCCUCGUCGUUUUAGCCAGCGGCUGGAGUUGCACCUGAGACGAGUGGAGAGGAGGCCGGUGUUCAGAGAGACCGGGGGGUACGGCAGCGAGUAAACGCGUUCCCGAUUCGCCCGGUGGUACCUUUCGGGUGGUGCCUUUUCAACCCGGCCCGUCUCCCCGCGAUAGGAUGCAACCCCGGCCGUCGAGACAGCGAUAACGAUUCUAUUUUCCGAGGUCGAGAGAAACAGAGAAAAAGAGACGCGAGCGAGCGAGCGAGCGUGCGAGCGAGCGGACAGAGACCGCGCACCGGAGAGAAAAGUCUUCGUUUGCUUCAGAAUUGGUUCGCUUUUCGCUAAAAGAUCGAACACGGUGACGAAUGGUAGCCGAUCAUCGUAGAGACGAGCAGGGGAUCGUGACGAUCGCGCGUUCCCCUUGGCCGGUCGUGUGUCGCGAUCUACCUCGAAGAUAUCUCCACGGCCCGGCGGGAACGACGCGGACGGAACGGAGAGUAAACCGGGGGAAAAGACGCGAACAAAAUGAAACGAUAACGAAACGAAACGUGUAAUAAGCGUUCAAUCGAAGUUCCUUUUGAAUAACGAUGCGCGUGGGGUGUGUAUCGCGAACAAACAAA